CCAAGUACAACUAAAUUUUAGGUUUAAAAAAAUACGAAAUAUUAAGGAUUUUUUAAAAUAUUUUCGUAUUGGACAUUUUACAUAGUCGUUGCUUUGUACACAACAUUGUGAUUUUUACUUCUUUAAAUUGGUCCAAAAUAUAUUGUUUGACCAAAAACUUCAAAUUUUUUAAUAAGGAGAUGGAUUUACUAUUUGAUGGCUAAAAUAACCUCACUUUUUUCAGGCUCAUCCACAGCCUAUAAGGCAGAAAUAUAGGCUGUAUUCUCCUACCACACUAACGAAUGCCUAUAAACGUGCCAUUGAGGACAAUGUUUCUGUCCGAAAAGCGUCCAUACAGUUCAAUGUACCAAUGCAGACCUUGAGGGAUCGUGUCCUGGGAAAAGUCCACAUUGACACUGUAGCUGCAGGACGUGUUCCUAUUUUGUCCUGUGAGGAAGAAUCCAGGCUGGUUGAUCAUCUCAAGUCCGUUGCCACUCUGGGCUAUGGAUACACACGUCAGGAAGUCGUUGACAUUGCAUCUGAUUUUGCAGUACAGCUAAACAGACGAACUGUAUCAAAUCCAUUUUCCAUGACAUGGUUUUACUCUUUUCUUAAUAGGUGGCCAGAGCUACGUGUCAUUAAACCAAGAGGACUUGAGCAGUGUAGGGCUCAAUCUGCUUCUGCCACUGUUGUUCACAACUACUUUGCUGAACUAGAUAAGAUUAUGGAUAAGUAUGACUUAAAAGAUAAGCCACAUCUAAUCUUCAAUAUUGAUGAAAAGGGCAUAACCCAGUGUCAAACUCCACCUUCAGUAGUUGUAGGAAACAAUCUCCAUCCUCCUGCUGUUACAGCUGGGAAAUCCUGCACAACUACCAUUAUAGGUUGUGGAAGUGCUAGUGGCGUGGCUGUCCCCCCAUAUUUUGUGUUUGCAGGAAAGCGGCUUACUCCAGACCUGAUGAAAGGGGCUGCACCUGGUGCAGAUUCAUCCAUGAGUGACAGCGGCUGGUCCCAUGCAGAGAUUUUUCGAAAAUAUCUCACAAACCACCUCAUGAAAUUUCUUCCUGCAAGGAACGACAACCAACAUCUCCUGUUAUUGCUCGAUGGCCAUAAAUCACAUGUGUCUGUUGGCUUGGUGGAAUGGGCUAAGUCCCAUAAUAUCAUACUUUUCAUCCUACCAGCCCACACAAGCCAUAUAUUGCAACCUAUGGAUGUUGGUAUCUACGGACCCUUUCAGCGAAUGUACAAUGCGGAAUGCCAUAAGUUUACGCGUCAAUCUGCAUGUACUGUAACUCGUUAUGAUGUUUGUGAGCUUGCUUCAAAGGUAUAUAUCAAGGCCCUUUCAGCUGAAAAUUUGCAUUCAGCCUUCAAAAAGUCAGGUAUUUUCCCUUUCAAUGCUUCUAUUAUAAAUAGAGACAUUUUGAAGCCAGCAGAAGGGUUUGAUGCUCUUGACCAAGAAAAACAAGAAGACACUGAUUCUCAGAAGACUGUGGAAGGGGGUAUUAGAACAGACUUACCGUUACAUACGGAUGAUGCACAUAUUGAACCUGUGGUGGACCUAGUUGGUGGCACAUCAGCUUCUACUUCUCACACACCAGGAACUAUUAAAAGAUUCUUUGACAGUCGUGUUACCAAAUUAUUCAACGUAAAACGAGAGGGAGUACUUUCCAAAAAAACACGCCGCACAAUGAGUGCUGUUGUAUCAGGACAGGCCAUUACUGAACCCCAUACUGAGGCACAGAUGCUUAAACAUCAGGAAGACGUAGGGUACAGUAAAAAAUCAACAAAGUUAACCAAAGAUCAAAAAAAGGGUAAAGGAAAGGCCCCCAAAAAAUCAACAAGUGCGCUAAAGGCAUCUGAUAAUACCUCUAAUGCUGCGACCUCCACAAGGAUAUACAACUCUUCAUCCAGCGAGUCUGAUGUGGAUGACCCUAGUGAGUUAUGUUGCGUCUGUAGCCGAAGGAAACCACCAGCAGGGCAGAACAUUUAUGUUCUUUAUAUAUACAAGUGGGCACAGUGUGUUGGGAUGAGGAGGGGUAUGCCCUGUAAGCAUUGGGUGCAUAUUCCUCAUUGCAGCAAUACAAAGGUUGUAUGGCGCCACAGUGAUUUCGAUUGCCCCUGCUGUGCCUCACCAGCUCUCCAGGGGUGGCGAAAUCUCAAAAAACUAUACUUGUCCACGGACAACCAUUUAGGAAAUUUAACUUGCCCGUUGCUAAACUGCACUUGUCUGUUAAUGUUUAUAUAAAUUAUAAACGCAUUUAUUGAUUAAUGUUUAAUAAUGUGGAAUAUAUCAAAAUGAGUAUGAUUUGCUUGUUUUGUUUAUAAUUGUAUUUCAAUAAUACGUUCAUUAUAGCAGUAUAUUAUAAACAAUAUAAAGACCUUCUCAAACUUUAAAUCUUGCGAAGCUAGUGUUAUUAAAACAUGUGCUGAACAUAAGUACAUUGUAAUCUUAACAAAUUAAACUAGUCCAAUAUGUGGACCUCAUCCGACUGAGGCUCCGCUACUGGUAGCAAUUUGAUGGGUGAUGGUCGUUUUGUCCCACUACCAGUUCGAGCCACUGAUAUUUGUGUAGGGAGGGAUUGGUCGUUUCGUCCCACUGAUAAGAUAUAGCCAGGAUGGUGUGAAUAAUAGCCAGGAUGGUGUGAAUAAUACCGUAUAGGUGUGAAUCAUAAUGAGGUGUAUAUUGAUGUAGCAAAUUAAAAUAGUGUUAACAUUUCUAAUAAUAUUUUCUUGUUUAUUUUACCGUUUUUGUGUAGUUUCAGUAAUUUACAUUCAUCCGUGAUAUGAUUUUUUGCCAAAAGCAUGUUUUGCCGAUUACGUGUUUAUUAUUAUGCCCCCCUUCGAAGAAGAGGGGGUAUAUUGCUUUGCUCAUGUCGGUCGGUAGGUCGGUCGGUCGGUCCGUCCACCAGGUGGUUGUCGUAUGAUAACUCGAGAACGCAUACGCCUAGGAUCAUGAAACUUCAUAGGUAGAUUGAUCAUGACUGGCAGAUGACCCCUAUUGAUUUUGAGGUCACUAGGUCAAAGGUCAAGGUCACGGUGACCCGAAAUAGUAAAAUGGUUUCCGGAUGAUAACUCAAGAACGCAUACGCCUAGGAUCAUGAAACUUCAUGGGUAGAUUGAUCAUGACUUGCAGAUGACCCCUAUCAAUUUUGAGGUCACUAGGUCAAAGGUCAAGGUCACAGUGACCCGAAAUAGUAAAAUGGUUUCCGGAUGAUAACUCAAGAACGCAUACGCCUAGGAUCAUGAAACUUCAUGGGUAGAUUGAUCAUGACUCGCAGAUGACCCCUAUCAAUUUUGAGGUCACUAGGUCAAAGGUCAAGGUCACGGUGACCUGAAAUAGUAAAAUGGUUUUCGGAUGAUAACUCAAGAACGCUUUUGCCUAGGAUCAUGAAACUUCAUAGGUAGAUUGAUCAUGACUCGCAGAUGACCCCUAUUGAUUUUGAGGUCACUAGGUCAAAGGUCAAGGUCACGGUGACCCGAAAUAGUAAAAUGGUUUCCGGAUGAUAACUCAAGAACGCAUACGCCUAGGAUCAUGAAACUUCAUGGGUAGAUUGAUCAUGACUCGCAGAUGACCCCUAUUAAUUUUGAGGUCACUAGGUCAAAGGUCAAGGUCACGGUGACCCGAAAUAGUAAAAUGGUUUCCGGAUGAUAACUCAAGAACGCAUACACCUAGGAUCAUGAAACUUCAUGGGUAGAUUGAUCAUGACUCGCAGAUGACCCCUAUCAAUUUUGAGGUCACUAGGUCAAAGGUCAAGGUCACGGUGACCCGAAAUAGUAAAAUGGUUUCCGGAUGAUAACUCAAGAACGCAUACGCCUAGGAUCAUGAAACUUCAUAGGUAGA